ACCAACCCCAAUGUCAACCACAACAGAAGGAGCUACAGCGCAGGCUCCAACGCCCGAGCCCACUCCCGCCCUCGCUCACAUUCCGCCAGCACCCACACCCGUCUCCGACGAACCCACCGCCUCCUCAGACCCACCACCAGCACAAUCCGCCGAAGAAUACAUAUCCAAAAAAGCCCGCAAACGAGCCCUCCGCGAACAAAAAUGGGAGGCCGGAAAGAAACAGCGGUUGGAGCAACGCCAGGAGAAGCGGAAGGAGCUCAAAGCUGUUAAGAAAGAGAAGAUUCAGAAGGGGUUAUUCGUCCCGAAACCGCGGUGGAGGCCUGACCAGCAGCCGUCAACGAUGGGGGUUGUGAUUGAUUUGGAUUUUGAGGAUAAGAUGAUUCAGAAGGAAAUAAAAUCAACAGCCCAGCAAGUCAUCCAAUGCUACUCCACCAACAAAUCCGCCCUCCACCCAGUCUCACUCACUCUCACCUCCUACAAGGGCGCCAUCAAGGACAAUCUCACCCACAUGUCGCCCGAUCACACGCGCUGGCAGACGAGUAAAUGCCCGAUGAAGAUGCUCGAGGAUGGGGUGGAGAGUUUGGUGGAUGGAGGGAGAUUGGUGUAUUUGAGCGCGGAUGCGGGCGAGACGGUGGAGGAGUUGGAUGAAGGGAAGGUUUAUGUGAUUGGGGGGUUGGUGGAUAAGAAUCGGCAUAAGGGACUCUGCCAAACAAAAGCAACGCAACUAGGCAUCCCCACGGCGCGUCUCCCUCUGGGGGACUACCUUGACAUGCAGACGCGGAAGGUUCUGACUAUCAACCACGUAUUUGAGAUUAUGCUAAAGUAUCUUGAAUUGAAAGAUUGGCAACAGGCGUUUUUGGCGGUGCUGCCGCAGAGGAAGGGGGUUAAGGCGAAAGGGGCGGAUGGGGAGGGGGAGAGUGUGGGUGAUGGGGAUGGGGAUGGGGAUGAUAUUGUGGAGGCGGAUGACGCUGUAGAAGGGGAAGAGGUUGACAAUGCGGGUGGGGAUGGGGAUGCCGCGGAGGAGGCGGAUGAUGCCGAUGAGGGUCAGGCCGAGUGAACGUUCAGACAAAGCCCCCCACUUCCCCGUAAGAGCGUAGUAGUAGAGCGGAGUUUAACUCGUAUUCAUUCUAGAUAGGCUUUCAUGUGCAGAAAUAGAAGUGAUGCCAGCAAUACGCCCAAAAAGCUUCGGAAUACCUCUCUCUAUAUACAUCUGACAGGUUGAUUGUGCCACUUCCUGCCCAUCUAUGGCUCCGCGCCAACCAGGGUCACCUCACCCAUUCCCGCUCCCACGCCCGCUCCCCCAUCCCUCUCCUUCACUCCCACUUCCAUUCCAACCUCCUCAUCCGCGUUCGGUCUCAGUGGCUUGGGC